CUCUCUCUUGUGUUCUCUUUCUUUCUCUUUGCUUCUCUCUGCCAACUUCCCCAGCUUUCCUGGCAUAAACCUCCAUGGAUUCUCCUCAGAGAACCCCAAGAUUACUCCUUUCGUAGAGUUCUUUGUCUUCUCUUUCUAUCAGUGUCUACCUGGAAUUUGCGUUAAGGUUGGAGUGGCCAUGGUUAGCUUAAGGAGGCGCCGACUUUUGGGACUUUGUCCUGGGAUUGAUUCUCACAUGGUCGAGAUUCUCAGUUCAUUUGAGAAUGACAAUUUAGUGGAGAAUUCUAAUCAGAAUUGCAAGCAAUCCACUGUGCAUCCAUUGCCCACAGAUGUUGUAGAUCAACCAGAACUGAUACAAAUUUCUGAAGAAUUACCAGAAUCUGCAAGCUUGUCUGGUUCUACAUCUAUGAAGGAAGAACCCGAGCAUGAUUUUCCAGAUAAACAAUUCAAAUACAGAAAACAUUACAGGAGAAAGAGGUAUAAAGAUCAAGAACAACCAACAAUGAGGGGUGUUUACUUGAAGAACACAAAAUAUCAAGCUGCUAUAAAAGUCGACAAGAGACAAAUCCACUUGGGCACCGUCAAAACUCAAGCAGAGGCAGCAAGGUUAUACGACAGAGCAGCAUAUAUAUGUGGUCGACAACCGAAUUUAGAACUCUCAAAGGAAGAGAAGCAAGAACUGAGCAAAUACAAGUGGGAUGAAUUUUUAGAGAUGACGAAAAGAUCUAUUGCCAGUAAAAAAAACCAGAGAAGGCAGGGUGGUGGUGGUAUUGGCAGAGGAAAGAGGCUGAUUGGAAACUUGGAGACUGGAAUCACUGGUUGAUAAUUUGGUAAAACUUAAGUUUUACCAAAUUAAAUUAGCAUUACUAACCAUAAAAUUCAUAUAGUUAUAGGAAAUGCUAUUUUUCAUCGAUCUUAUUUCAUUUUUUUUUUUCAUAAAAAGGGCUCAAUUAGGGCAAGAUUCAGUGCAGGAUCAGUUAAUAACUUUUAGACAUAUUUUUUUUUAGAUAUUGCUUUAAAGUUCAAACUCUUGUGUAUAUUUUAAAGGAUUUAAUUUUCUUGAUUAUUAGUC